AUGGCUAACCAGACCUUUGCCAUCGAUGGCCCUGGCAGUUUGCUGGCCGUACUGGCUUCGCAGAGUGGAAUGGCAAGAGGCGGAAGCAGCAGCAGCAGCAGUGGCGGUGGCGGCGGCAACAGUGGAGGAAUCUCUGCCACCGAUGUGUCUGCUUACUUUAAGCUGGUCUUCUUGGGUUUGAUCAUCUGUGUCAGCCUUGUAGGCAACCUCCUGGUCUCCAUGCUGGUCCUACGAGACAGGACACUUCACAAGGCCCCGUACUUCUUUCUCCUGGACCUGUGCCUGGCCGACGCAGUCCGCUCCGCCGCCUGCUUCCCCUUCGUGCUGGUUUCCGUCCACAACAGCUCGGCCUGGACUUACAGCGCCUUGAGUUGUAAAGUUGUGGCUUUUAUGGCCGUGCUGUUUUGUUUUCACGCUGCCUUCAUGCUGUUCUGCGUGGCUGUCACCCGCUACCUUGCCAUCGCCCACCACCGAUUCUACGCCAAGCGCAUGACCAUCUGGACCUGCGCCGCCAUCAUUUGCAUGGUGUGGACUCUGGCCGUUGCCAUGGCGUUCCCACCUGUCUUCGAUGUGGGGACGUACAAGUUCAUCCGUGACGAGGACCAGUGCAUUUUUGAACACCGCUACCUGAAGACCAACGACACCCUGGGCUUCAUGCUCAUGCUGGCCGUGGUGGUCCUGGCCACCCACGGUUUCUACGCCAAGCUGCUGCUCUUUGAGUACCGGCACCGCAAGAUGAAACCCGUCCAGCUGGUGCCAGCCAUCAGCCAGAACUGGACCUUCCACGGUCCCGGGGCCACAGGUCAAGCUGCAGCUAACUGGAUUGCGGGGUUCGGUCGCGGGCCCAUGCCACCGACUCUGUUGGGCAUCAGGCAAAAUUUACACAAUCAACAUCGGCGGCUGCUCGGCAUGGAAGAGGUGAGGUCAGAGAGGAGGCUGGGCCGGAUGUUCUACACCAUCACCCUGCUCUUCCUGGUCCUCUGGGCUCCUUACAUCGUGGCGUGCUUCUGGAGGGUGUUCGUCAAGUCCUGCACCAUCCCUCAGAGGUACCUCUCCAUCACAGUGUGGAUGAGCUUCGCCCAAGCCGGAGUCAACCCCAUCUUCUGCCUCCUGCUCAACGAGGACCUGAGGAAAGUGCUGAGAGCCCACCUGCCCACCUACUGGAGGACUAAACAACACCUGCCCCAGGAUGAGGCCUACUGCAUUAUGUGA